CACUCCACUCCACCAAAUUACACUUAUCCUCCUAGCACAAAAAAAAAGAAUGAAGGUCCAAAUCCAAUAACUGGACUCUGAAUCUAAACCUUCCCUAGUCAUUAACCUCUCUACCGCUUAAUCAACUCACACACACCGAAAUAUCUUCUCUCAUCUAAUAGCAUUCCAUCCUCACACAUUCUAUCUAAAUUUCCCAAUCCCCUACAAAACACCCCAUCCCCCUCCACUCCACCAAACUACACUUAUCCUCCUUGCUAACACCAAAAAAAAGAAAAAGAAAACAAUGAAGGUCCAACUCCAAUACCUGGUGGCGCUCUCCCUCCUCCUGGCGGCGGCAGAGGCCCUCGUGCAGGACUUCUGCGUCGCGGACCUCAGCCUCCCGCCAACCCCCUCCGGCUACCCCUGCAAGAAAACCGUAACCGAGAAGGACUUCGCCUUCAGCGGCCUGGCCGCCGCCGGCAACACCACCAACAUCAUCAGCGCCGCCGUCACCCCCGCCUUCGACGGCCAGUUCCCCGGCGUGAACGGGCUCGGGAUCUCGAUAGCCCGCCUCGACCUGGCGCCCGGGGGCGUGAUCCCGCUCCACACCCACCCGGGGGGCUCGGAGAUCAUCGUGGUCAUCGAGGGCACGAUAUUCGCGGGCUUCAUCUCCUCCUUCGCGAACACCGUGUACCUCAAGACGCUCAACAAGGGAGACAUAAUGGUGUUCCCGCAGGGGCUUCUGCACUUCCAGUUCAACGCCGGGAAGGGCGCCGCGCUCGCGUUCGUGAGCUUCAGCACGCAGAAUCCGGGGCUGCAGAUCACGGAUUAUGCACUCUUCAAGAACGAUUUGCCCACGGAGCUCGUUGCUAAGACGACCUUCCUUGAUGUCGCGCAGAUCAAGAAGCUCAAGGGCGUACUCGGCGGCACUAAUUAAUUAAAUUGUUUGCAAUUUUCUGCUGUUUCUUUCCUUUUCGUCAUAUGUUAGAUUUGCUUCUCAUGAA